AUGGCGAGUUUCAGAUCUCUAUCUACUAAAGACGAAUCAGCUGUGGAGAAUCUGCUUUCACAAGCCACGGAUCACCACGCUCUUGAACAAGUCGCCGCCAUCAACUGUGCUGGCUUCACCGACUCUGUUCUCCCCACUAAUCUCGAGACUCGUCUCCGUCGUCUCAAGUCUCUCCCGGCUUCUCGACCCGACCCGGUUCCCUCCUCGAAGAAGCUUCUCUCUCACUCCAAGAGCAUGGCGAGUCACCGGGAGAAGAAUGUCGGAGACGCGUCUUGUUAUGCUUCUGCUUUCUUCGGUGAUCAGAAAGCGAAGAGCGUGAGAUCUCGUCCGUUGGUUUCAUCUGUUGUUGAAGAUCAUCAUACACGGAUUUUCCCGGGAACCAAACGUAAACCGAGUGGAGAUGAUUUCUCAGGCUCCGGGCAAACCGGUUCGGUUUCCUCGCGAUUUUCUCUAGAGCGUGAGGUUUUACCGGAUUCUGGGAGACUCGGUUCGAGUUUUACCGACAUUGGUUUAGCUUCAUCAAUAUCCGGUCAAGCUCAAGAAGAAGGAUCGAACCGGAAAUCGAAAUCGAAGCUCUCGUGGUUUGAUAAGUUAAAGCCGUCACGAGCCAUGGGUUGCUUAAGGCUGAAGACAAGGAAGAGCAGCAGCAAAUCGUCUGAUCCCGGAGGAGUCUUGUCUGAAGAAGAACAUCAGAGAAAGAUGAAGAAUGCCAGAAAAGAAACAGAACGGAUUGAAAGAAACACAGAGAAACUCAAAAGAAAAUCUAAGGCUGUAAUAAAAGGACCUUUUAGGUUCUUGGUUUGUUUUUGA